UACAGGCCAGUGUUUUAUUGGACUUCGUUUCCAAACGAGCGACGAUCCGCGAUCAAAUUGUUUUAGUGGAUUGUAUCCUACCUGUUGGCGUGUGAAGUGUCGAGGCUUGACAUUGGGGGAAUCGAGUGCCAGUACAGGGUCGUUUUUUAUGUGGUCAUUCGCAAAACAUUAGCGUCCGUCGAGCUUGACUGUUGCGGCUGUCUGUGCAUGCAUGAUGGGCUGGUGAUACCUUGAACGAAAAACAAGUCUUGUUUCAUCGAGUUUUUCGCUAUUGAGUUCGAUAAUUGUCCAGUCGUCGAGAUCCACUCGGCUGAAAUGGCCGAGUCCAAACUUUUGUCCUCCUACCUAUGAGUGUUGUACAAGCGCAUUUCCGCACGGAAUAUUGUCUCUUCUUUUUUCGCUCACGGAGAGGUGUUCCCCCCCCCCUUUUGUAUCCGUCUAGGAAUACAGCAUGUUGCGAUUAGCCAGGUGAAUAUAGACUCGAGCGUCAGUCGUGUCCGUACGUUUUGUCUAUCCACACACAACUGCCGGCCACCCUCCUUCCGCUCGAAAUUCAGCCGCAGGAGUUGAGCCACCUUUUCCGGCCAGUGCUGCUGCUGCUGCCGGUGUAUAAUUGAGGUUCUCAUUCGGAUGUGUGAGCAGCACAUUGCUGCCAGCACUUUGUUGCAACGCGACGACCGACCGACCGGAUUAUUCUUUUAACAAGGUGCUGCUGACAUCAGCCGAUUCUCAAAAAGUUUCUCUCUCUGCGGAUUAUUGCGUACACAAAUAUUCCUUGGAAACACGUUCGUCCUGCACAAUGGAGCAGGGUUUUAACCCUCUCAUCGUGAGUCAACGGUCAUCGAAGGACGGUCGCCAUGCUCAAGUGGAUUGCACAAAAGGGGAACAAUCCCCGCUCUGCUUCGCCGUCUAGGUCUAAUAAGACUCCCGAUAGCAUUCACGACACUAGUCCUUGGCUUACAGACGAUCCCUUGGCGACGAUCAACGUCAACACCAUCUUGGAUAUCAACCGGAAAUCGGGGGCGUCCAGGCGAAAAUCCAAACCGGACCAAGUGUACUCGGUUACCAGGAUGAACCCGCUGUUUGUCGACACGCCCAAAGAAAUGCUGCCGACAAAUUUAAGCGAAGGUGAGAAAAGAUUAAUGGACGACAGCCGAUCGUCCAACCGGAGCGAGCAGUGCCAGACGCCCAGUUCGUCGGGUUACGAGAGCGCCGACCCGGUGAAGCGUCUCGGCAACACGACGUCGAAUCAUAAGAAUCAGCCGGUAGUUCAGCAGCGACAUCAGCGUCACCACCAGCAACACCUCGUCGAGCUGAGCCCGGCCAGUGAUUACAGACGUCAAUUCGUAUUAGGACCACGGCUCGAUCGAUCGUCUCCACCGAGGAAAUUGACGCCUGAUGUCGCCACCGCAGCCGCUCCUGAUGGCCCCAUACGGAUCGGCAAAGCCAAUCUGCUUCAUCACAACUCGCACUACGUAACCCGGAUCCACAUGCAUCCGCCCCCCGCUAAGGACAUAACCAGCAGCAGCAGCGCCGAUGAAGCGUCCAAGCAAAAGGCCGUCGACGACGAAUGGGAGAAAUACGAGCAGAGUCACACCGGUGAUUUUUUGAAUGUUUCCAGCAAGAUUCCGCAUCCCGUUUGGCCGGCUAAUAAUCCUACAGUUCAGCGCAACAAUGCCUCCGUCGCCACUUCGGCCAUUGUCCAGCAAAACGAAAAUUACGUGACGAAAAUUCUGAUCGCCCCACGGACGGUCGAGAAGAACAAGGACCAAGGCCAGCAGCCCGAGGCUUUCGAUUCGAUCGUAACGGAUUCCCUGCUCGUCAUGACGAGUUAUGAUGACGGCCAAUCGAUCGACGAUUCGACUCCGGAGCAGAUCGUAACGCCCGAAUCAGCUGCUGAGCUCUCGGAAAUACGUCAACUAAGCCAAACUAUUAGCCAAAGUCGGGUGGUGGCCACCGUGUCCCGCGCCCUGAGCAAAAGCGGAUCGGCCAGCUCGGAAACGUCGUACCCGACGACUCCGUCCAGCAAGAAUACCGAGAUGGCCAGUUCGACUGCUUCUUCCGCUUCUUCUUCUUCUUCUUCUUCUGUCGGUGGGUCAAUUGCCAGACGAAUUUCAAUGAUGAAGGAGCGCUGGGACAAAAGUUCUCGUCGCCGCUUGUUGACGGAAAGCGACGACGACGAUCCGGCGUUCCUUACCCGCCGACUGGAUCACGUCUACAUCCCCCAGAACGGUGAUGUCAAUUUUUCCGUCCAGCCAAGAAACAAUUCCAACGUUGGCGACUUGCCUUUCUCUUACCUUGCCGGUGUUUACCAUCCGGCGACCAUCACCGAAGAAGUGACGGCCAACGACAGUCAAGUCCACGCCGUGAUCGUGCCAUCCGACCGGAUGCCUCUCUCUCAUUACGAUCCGUUUGAACAGGAUCGACAGUCCAAUUCGUCGUCCCGUUCGUCCGGGUCGAGGCGGGUCACAUUUUCGGCUGACACGGUCGACAACGAGCAGUCCACUAAAUCAACAAACUCCACGGCAAGUGGAAGCAGUGCCGGAAGCAUCACCGGAAGCACCGCCAGUGAUAAAACAACGUCUAACCAUUGUCCAAACAUCAUGGAAGAGUUGAAGCUCAAUCCGCAUUACUUACCGCACCGCUACCAGCCCGCGUCUGGCAGCGCUAGCGACGUCCUCUGCUCUGGCGGCCGUUUGGCUGGCUAUUACUCUUACAAUUUACAAGCGCAAUUAGACAACUACAAUGCCAAGGGACAGGCGGAAAAAGUGUCCACAUGGGAGCAUUAUCAUGGCCAGGAUGUUUCGCCUUCCAGCAGCAAGCAACCGACGGGCCCUUAUUCGCCGGUCCGGCCAUCGUCAUCUGGCACUGUCCGAUUGGAUCCUUACAAUAAUUUACAGUUCCAUCCGAAUUACGGCGCCGCCGCCUGUCAAGAAAGGUCAAUUUGCGUGGACUUUACUCUAGACGGCGUGGAAGAGGCUCUGCUUCAGCGUCGCUCCGAUAGCCACAAACUUCGUCGCCGGAUCUGCUGUUGUUUUCUGCUUUUGCUCUGCCUGGUCGUCCUGGUCAUCGUCGUCAUCGUCAUUUCGCUCUAUCUUUCCCAGGGUCAGCGCAUCUUUGGCUCCGUGUAGAAAACAGCUGGCCGGACUUGUAUCCGGCUCCGCGCAAUCUGCAACACUGAAAACCUCUUCAUCCACGCGCCCGUCAAAUCUAAUGUCCGCUGCCGAUUCUAUACGGACCCAAACAGAAGCAACCAGAUACCCGCCCUUUUCGGCUAAUUCUAUUUCGCUGCGCUAGCUGAUGGUAAACCCCGUUGAAAUCCAAGUGCUUGAAGAAGAGAAGAGAAAAGAAGCAGCUCGAGUGAAAUGUGCCUCAAUUAUAUAGUGCGCCAGUGCGUGAGAGUUAAGGCAGUCGCUGUACUUUUUGACUAUAAAUGUACUCUAGACAGUUGUGGAAGCGAUUCGUCUGCUGCUGCCGCAUCCGUUUCACUCACCUUGACAUCACGACAUUAUUCGAGCGGCCCAUUGUGUCCGAAACCCGGGACGAAUGCAUAUAGCCGGAAUCGCGGCGAUGCUGCCGGAAUAAGAAUGAAAACGGAUAAUGGCGAUUAUAAUAUAUAUUCCGGCCGAAAAGAACAAGUUCCAUGCACAUGCAGCCCCGCGCGCCCUUGCUUCUGUUAUUAUUAUGAUGGGCACGCUGCGCUGCUGUCCCUAGUGGAGGAAUCGAUUUUCCGAUCUAUAAGACGAAAAUAACGAAAAAAAAAGAGGACGAAAAAAAGUUCGACAACUUUGUAGUCUUCAAAUGUAUUUUUGUUGCGAAGAGAAUAGGCAAAAGAAGACGAACGUCAACGCUUGAAGAGAACCGUUCAUGCAUAUUAUACGAGCCCAUUUCUCCUGGUUAUAUCGUAUGUAAAGCUGGAAUGAAUCCCUCGUUUCCCAUUGGCUGCAUAGUGCCGCGUAUGCAGGGCCGGAACAGCAAAAAAAGAAGACGAAAAGGGGCCAGCAGAGACGUUGGUUUCUUCCUUUUUUUUCCUCCCGUUUUUUUGUAUAUGUAGAAACGAAGAAGAGGGAAAAAGAAGAAGCGAGUUGGUUCAUCGUUCCCGCAGCCUGACCAUUUUGUACAAGUUGUUAACAAUGUGUGUCCUACUCCGCUACUCUUUCUCGCUGCCACUUUUUUAUUUUAUUUUAUUUUAUUUUAUACAUAUAUGUGUGUGUCUGUGUGUGUGUUCCUUUGACUUGUUUCUUCCAUUUCACUUGGAUGACGCCUUGUCCUUCCCGGAAAAGACGUCAAGAUGAAAAGAAAAAUUGGAAAGAGAAAGAAAGAGAAGGGGGGCAAAAAAGAAAGAAAGAGAAGGACAACAACAACGACGGAAUAUGAAAUUGGCGUUUAGGAAGAUGACGACGGCGACGACUUGGCCAAGGUCGGCCAAAAACUCUAUAAGGUCACAUGAUCGAGGAGGUACACGAACGAGCAAAUCGCGUCAUUAUACGCGGAAAAUGCGCCGUUCCUCCUCAUCAUUCGGUUAUUAUGUAUUCUUUCUUUCUUUCAUUUUCUUCUUCUAAUAUUAUCAUUUGGCAAAGUUAUAUAUUCCCGGAAUGAAGAGAGAGAGAGAGAGACGAGAGUCGAAUAUGUAAAGAUAUAUAUGUUUAUUUGGCUCGUGAACUACACCUUAUUAUUAUUAUUAGCCUUGCAAAUUUGCGUGCAGCUUUGAUCCUAUUCUCCCUCACUUCUCCCAUUGUGUGCGUUUAUAUUUCUAUUAUCUUUCUUCAUUUCCCCCCUUCAUUCGGGCGCUUCUUCAUGCUCUUUUGUUUGGUUUUGUUCCUUGGUUUUUGUUGUGUUUUGUUUCCUUUUUCCCUUUUUCUUUUUGGCUGGCCCUCCUCCCCAUCACACUGUUACAAGUUCACGUCGAGAGAGAGAGAAAGAGAGAGAGGAAACAUUGGCUCCUACGCGGAGAGGAGAGCUCAUCAUCAGUUCUGCUGAUGAGCCGAGCAACUAUUUACGAUGAAAAAGAAUAUAAUCUGAACGGAUUGUAUAAGCCCAUCUAUGGACAAGAAAGGCGGGCGCGGUUGUGCGGUGAGCUCGUAUCGAGCGACCGAUUCUCCUAUCUAUAAUGAACGCACCGCCACGACAAAAGAAGAAAAGAAACGAAACGAAACGAAAAGAAAAGAUUCAAAAGAAGAAAAGAAGAUUGUCUGUCUGCAUGGCGGCAACAUCAUUUGCCACGCAGCUUUCGAUUCGUGAUUAAAGUUGCCGAACGCCAUACAGCAGCAGCAGCCUCAUCCGUCAGAAUAAUAUGAGAUGGUGUAACUUGAUUGAACUCGACUCGAGUGAGCGCUGCCAAGAUGGCAAGAUGCAUCACGAUAUCACCGUCUAUCGUCGUCGUUGCCCUCUCUCCCUGGCUUUUGUGCUCUGCUCAACUAUUACCGUCAAAAUGAAAUGGAAAUUGAUUUGCCAAUAACUGAUGAUGUUUUACGAGUCCCGCACCGUAUAGUAUAAGGUAUUUAAAAAAAACGACGUGUGAAACGAAUCCAUUUAAAUUUGGCGCUCUCUCUCUCAUUCUCCCUCGUCUAAUGUUAUAAUAUAUUUUCUAUUUCGGUCGGGAUCUAAUCAUUUGUUAUAAUAUAUCUAUUUUUGAUUUUGGCUGGCUGGUUUUUCGUACACCGUCACGGAAUCGGAGAAAAAGUCAACUUUCAUCGACUCCCUUCUUCUUCUUCUUUUUGUUUUUUGGGGCCGUGCUUUUUAUCUAUGAAUGACAUGCGGCUAACAAUAUGGCUUACGUUUGAUGUGUGUACAUGUCUUAUUCAAUACAUGGCCUUUCAACGCC